AAUAAAAAAAAAAUUGUUGAUUGUUAUUAUUGUCAAUCGUCAUCAAUUUUCCACGAAAUGAUCAUCUACCGUGUAAAGAUACAAUAAUCAUGAAAAAUGCUUUCAAAGUGGCCGUUCUAGGAUCUCCUAGGGUCGGAAAAACUACCAUUAUUGAUGAGGCUAUAUAUGGUAAUCAUUAUCGAUUAAAAAAUCCAUAUGAGCCAACAAGUGAAGAUAUCUAUUGUGCAAUGGUUGAAUAUGAUAAAAAUUCUCGUGAAAAAAUUUUCCUUUACGAUUAUGGUGGAAUGGAAACAUUAAAUAUCGAUGCAAUCAAAAUGUGCCUUUCAUUUUGCGAUGCCUUUUUGGUAGUUUUUUCCAUCAAUGAUAAAGAAUCUUUUAUGAUGGCUGUUCAGAUUAAAAAGAAUAUCGAAAAACUAAAGGAUAAAAAAGAUAUACCAAUAGUAUUGGUUGCCAACAAAAUGGACAAAAUAAAUGAAGCUGUUAUAAAUCUAGAGGAAAUCCGCAAAUGGGUAGCACAAGAAAAGGUUAAAUUUAUCGAAGUAUCGGCAACUGAUCGAAAAAGCAUAUCCGAAUGUUUUAUUUAUCUAGCAUCAAACAUAAUUUUUUUAUCAAAACCAUCAUUUUCGCGUAAAUCAAAAACGGGUAGUCUUCAAUUGGAAUUAUAAAUUAUUAAUGGAAAAAAACAACAGUAUUUUAUGUAAAUUUAUUAUUGAAUGAUAAAUAAAAUGGCGAAA